UCUACCGUGUAGGGUUGAAAUAGAGUUAACCAAUUAAAAACGAAAUUUGAGCGGAAUAAGCUAACUUGAUUGGUUAACUCUAUUUCAACCCUGCAUGAUGGAAACAUAGGCCGUGGUACGGGCCGUGCACAUCAAAAGCAGCGGGAAACGAGCAGCAGGCAACAACCAAUGGGCAAGAUGCUUCGGAUCUGAGUUCUGACGUUAAUGGCUGUUACGCUUUGCACAUUGGUCGUGGAUUUGCUACUCGCUACCUGUUGACUUUGGUGUGCAAGGUGCAUUAGUUAACAAUAAUAAAUAGUAUAACUUAAAAUACCGACAUGGGAAGAACAAAAAAGAAAAAGCGGACGUCAAAUUUCAUUGAGGAGGAAAAAUUUAUGUUGGUUGAUUUAAUCACCGAAAAAAAACAUAUAAUAGAAAAUAAAGGAACAAACAGUGCAAUUAUCAAGGAAAAAGAAAAAUGUUGGGAGGAAAUAACCAACAAAUUUAACAGUGCCUCUACUUUCACAUAUCGAGAUACGCAGGCAUUGCGAAAUUGUUGGGACAAUAUCAAAAAACGAACAAGAAAAUACUUCGCAGAAAGAAGAAGAGAAGUGUUAAAAACGGCUGAAUCAAAAAUAGCAUUAAAUGAAAUUCUGGCAAAAGAUGAAACAGAAAAACACUCAAUUGAACUGGCGAUUGCUGAAAAAAAAUUGAUUUGUGAGAAACUACAAAUAGACAUUUUAAAAACAGAAUUAGAAAUCAAAAAGACCAUCUUAAUCCGGGAAAAAACUAAAAAUGCCAUGUUGGGAAUACUAAACGAAACAGAAUAAAGAUAAGAUUACACAAAUCA